AUGGGGGAUGAAAUGGUGGAUCGAUACUGGUGUCACAUGUGCUCUAGGAUGGUGACCCCAGUAAUGGAGGCUGAAAUUAAAUGCCCAUUAUGUGAAAAUGGGUUUGUGGAAGAGAUAGGCAGCACAAGAGAUCUCAAUAACAAUGGCAUUGAUUUUGUAUCAGAACGUGCAUUCUCUAUGUGGGCCCCAAUCUUGCUUGGUUUAAUGGGUGGUUUAGGCCCUGUUCGUGCACGCAUUACAGCUCAAGAGCAUGAUAGCAGCAACAAUGCACAAGAAGAAAGGGAGGAACUUGAGAGGGAAUUUGAAUCAUUAUUUAGGAGGAGGAGAAGAAACCCUGCUUCAAUCCUUAGUAUGCUUCAAGGUUCAGAGAACUUUGAAAAUAAUGGGGAGAGUAAUGGUAAUAAUAACAAUAACAAUAAUGUGAUUUUGGUAAAUCCUUUCAAUCAAGAGGCCUUAAUUCUUCAAGGUUCUUUUGAUGCAAGCCAGCCUGAAAAUCCAAUUAGAAAUAUGAGAAGUUCUUUCCGGGACUACCUCAUAGGACCUGGUUUGGAUUUAUUGCUACAACAUUUGGCAGAGAAUGAUCCUAACCGCUAUGGAACCCUUCCAGCACAGAAAGAAGCUGUUAAAGCAAUGCCGACCAUUGCCGUUGAGCAGAACGCAGAAUGUUCAGUAUGCUUGGAGGAGUUUGAGAUUGGAGGCGAGGCAAAAGAGAUGCCAUGUAAACAUAAAUUCCACAGUGCUUGUAUUCUUCCUUGGCUGGAACUUCAUAGUUCUUGCCCAGUUUGCAGGUUCCAAAUGCCCUGUGAUAAUUCCAAGAUUGAGGCCAAUAGCUUGAGAAGCAAUGAUGGAAGAACGAUAGAGAAUAAUGCUGCUAGGAUGAACGAUAGCUGGGGAGACGUUGGGGAGCAAACAGACAAUGGGAGAAGGUUUUGGGUCCCUGUCCCAUGGCCUUAUGAUGGCUUGUUUUCUUUGUCAGCAUCCCAAAGUGAUGGGAACUCUACUUCAGCGACCUUAACAGGAAGUUCCUCUCAUACAGAUGAAACUUGA